AUGGCAAUCUCUAGUAGUUGGAGUCUCACUGGCGAGGCUGCCUUGGUUUCGCCAGAGCCAAACGUCACCAACUCCCAUUCGGACUUCUACAGCACGCUCUGGGCCCUGGGUCUCAGCGAAUACCUCAACGUCCUGCGCGACAACAGUUUUUGGGACCGAGAGACUCUUCUAGAGAUUACCGAUGACGACAUGAAAGAGCUUGGAUUCAAGCUAGGACAUCAACGCAUCAUGCAGCGGGAGAUCGCCGCCGCGGGGUCGGAGGAGAGAAAGUCUCGCGUCAAACCCGAGAACAUGGAGCUAGAGUACAUGUCUCGCAUACUCGAAGAUCUCUUCCUCUACAAAUACAAAGCCGCUCUAGAAAACAACGGAUUCAACAAGUGGUCCACCAUCCUCGAGAUCACAGAGGACGAUCUGAAGCGGCUGGGUUUCAAGAUUGGCCACCGGCGCCUUUUACAGCGGGAGAUCGCGAUCGUGCGUGGUCGGUCUGACCCACAUUUCAUGGUGUCUGAGAAAGUCUCUUCUGGCAACAGCAAUGCGUUGAGUAACUUCCGUCAAUUCGCCUAUGCUACCUUCACGCAACAGGGCCGCGUAGUUCCUGAAAGAAUGGAUUGUCACCUCUAUUACCUCGACCAAUUCAAAGACGAUAACUACGCCGAAUUUCUCCGCCGGCAUGAACUCAGUGCCAGGGAAGACACAUAUCAGUUAUUCUGGAUGCUGGAGGCGUCAACGGUUCAGCGCAUUCGAGACUAG